AGCUCUAUCAGACCUCGACCCGUAAUCAUGCCUGCAGACGCACCCCCUGUGAAAGCGGCCAAGAAGGGCUCCAAGAAAGCCGUCGCUAAGACCGCCAGCAAGACCGGCAAGAAGAGGAGAAAGUCCAGGAAGGAGAGCUACGCCAUCUACGUGUACAAAGUGAUGAAGCAGGUGCACCCCGACACCGGUAUCUCCUCCAAGGCCAUGGGCAUCAUGAACUGUUUCGUGAGCGACAUCUUUGAGCGCAUCGCCGGGGAGGCCUCCCGUCUGGCUCACUACAACAAGCGCCGCACCAUCACCUCCAGGGAGAUCCAGACCGCCGUCCGCCUGCUGCUCCCCGGAGAGCUGGCCAAGCACGCCGUGUCUGAGGGCACCAAGGCCGUGACCAAGUACACGAGCUCCAAGUAAACCCGACACACCGCAAACAACGGCUCUUUUAAGAGCCACCA